AUGGCAAGCUUGAUGAAGGAUACUGCAAGAUUCCAGAAGGUGGCAUGUGGGGAUAAAGAAAUGCUGAAGAGUCUAAAUAUCGAUGUAAUCCCAGUGAAGCAAAAACGAGCGCAAGUGGUCAAGUGGAUAAAGCCAAUACAGGAGAGAUUUAAGCUCAAAACAAAUGGAAGCAGUAAUCCCGGUAACUCAGGUGCAGGUGGUCUCCUUCGAGACGACGCAGGAAAUAUGGUUUUUGCAUUCUCAGUGGAUCUCGGAGCUGGCAGUAAUAAUGCAGCAGAAUUGAGAGCAAUUAUAUAUGGGCUAAAGAUCUGCCAAGAACAGAGGAUUAAUAGGGUUGAGUUGGAAACCAAUUCACAGCUGGUGAUUAAGUGGAUUAGUGGUGCUAAAUGCAGAGUAUGGUACCUAGAAGACUUUUGGGAGGAAGCUGUAAAAAUAUUUAACGAAUGUGGACACACAAUCAAACAUACCAGCUUCCGGGAAGGUAAUGCCCCAGCCGAUUACUUGGCGAAACUCGGUGUGCAAGGGAAAAACUAA